AUGCAGCUCUCCCUACCACUAGCGCCUCCUAUGUUGCGCGCCUAUGCGGCUCUAAAAGGUGGACCCAAACUUCCGAAUGAGAUGAGGGGAACCGGUUUCAAUGUCGGGACGCGCACCAACGCGACCGACCCGGGCACAAUGUGGAGGCAGACGCAGGGUCGUUCAGUCGGAUUUUCCUACUGUCGGAUUACGGAUUACGUGUAA